AGAAUUUUUUGGGUGAGAGGAGUACUGGAAACAACAAACAAGCCUCAAUUUGGCUUCCCCAAUCAUUUUUGUCUUCUUUCUUGUACACGUUUCCUCGGCGCCACCUUAUCUACCACCAAGCUUUCAACCCCCUUUUCUAGACUCGAAUUUUAGACGUGAACUUCAAUUUCCUGUGCAUCUGAGUUGAUUUGGAUUGUGAUUAUCUUUGCUUAAUUCUAGAUUUCACCCGACAUUUGAAAAUUAGGUUAUGUUCUCUCAUACUUCCGAUUCUACCUCACACCAGCAGUUCGAGAUUGUGUUGAUUCGUCUGGAAGGCCAGUGGCUCAUCAAUAUCUGAAUUGAAUGCUGAGUAGCAGGAUUAUCGUCUUAUGCUGCGUUUGAAGUUCCAGAUCGAAACCAGUUUCUUCCAGUAAUGGAAGCCGCAGGUUCUUUGCAACUUCCCCAUCAUUUGGGAACGUGCAAGAACCACAAUCACAGAUCACGAAAUGAGAUUGGAGGCAGCACGUUUCGAAGCUCUACUACUAGGAUGUCCUCAUUUCUCGUGCAGCAACAUUGUUGGAGUAUCCGCCUUUCAAUGACAUUACAAGUCAAGAAACAUGCACUUUGUUAUAGAAAAUUUCAGUUUAGGUGCCGUUCUUCUUUGAAACCAGGCCAGCCUGUUGAUAUUACAAGUAUAAAGAAUGCUGUUAUAAAUGUAUCGAGAUCAUACAGUUGGUUACAAAGCAGCCCUCUUGUUCUCAAGUUGAUACCAGCUGUUGGAAUUAUUGCUUUCGGGAUAUGGGGUUUGGAACCAAUCUUGCGCCAAAGUAGAAACUUAUUCCUCCGUAAAAGUGAUAGUAGUUGGAACAAGAGUAACACAUAUCAUGUUAUGACCUCUUAUCUUCAACCUUUGGUGCUGUGGACUGGAGCAAUGCUUGUCUGCAGAGCAGUGGAUCCAAUGGUUCUUCCAACAGAAGCUAGUCAAAUUGUUAAACAGCGGCUUCUAAAUUUUGUGAGAUCGCUAUCAACAGUGUUAGCUUUUGCUUAUUGUUUGUCAAGUGUGAUACAGCAGACACAUAAGUUUUUCAUGGAGACAAAUGACCCUUCUGAUACGAGAAAUAUGGGCUUCCAGUUUGCUGGAAAAGCUGUAUAUACUGCAGUGUGGGUUGCUGCAGUGUCAUUGUUCAUGGAGUUGCUAGGUUUUUCUACCCAGAAGUGGCUCACUGCUGGAGGACUUGGGACUGUCUUGCUAACUCUUGCUGGCCGUGAGAUUUUUACUAAUUUCCUUUCUAGUAUGAUGAUUCAUGCAACUCGACCAUUUGUUCUCAAUGAAUGGAUCCAAACAAAAAUUGAAGGUUAUGAAGUUUCUGGAACUGUGGAGCAUGUGGGUUGGUGGUCACCAACAAUUAUAAGAGGUGAAGACCGUGAAGCUGUUCACAUACCUAACCACAAGUUCACUGUUAAUGUUGUGAGAAAUCUCAGCCAGAAAACUCAUUGGCGGAUAAAAACUCACCUUGCCAUUAGUCAUUUGGAUGUCAGUAAGAUUAAUAACAUUGUAGCUGAUAUGCGGAAAGUUUUAUCAAAGAAUCCUCAAGUAGAACAAAAAAAGUUGCACAAAAGAGUUUUUCUAGAGGAUGUUAAUCCUGAAAACCAAGCCCUCCUGAUCCUGAUAUCUUGCUUUGUAAAGACCUCACAUUUUGAAGAGUACCUCUGUGUGAAGGAAGCUAUACUAUUGGAUCUUCUGAGAGUGAUACGACACCACCGAGCCAGAUUAGCCACUCCAAUCCGAACUGUUCAGAAGAUAUACGGGGAUUUAGACUUGGACAACAUACCUUAUGAUGUAGCAGACCCAAUAUUCAACCGUGGGGCCACCUCGAGCCGCCAGGUGCUGCUCAUUGAGCCAACAAAAGUCAGAACUGUGCGUGAGGAAGACUCCCUCAAGGGGGAACGCUCAACACCACCACCACCCGAUAACAAAGCCGAACCCAAAGCGAAUGCCAUCACUUCAUCAACACCUGACUUGACCAAGCUUGAGCCAAAGGUUGGACAAGUCUCACAUGUUACUGCUAAAACAACCUCAAAGCCGGCCUCCAAGCUGGACCAGAAUGCUUCAAAGCCGCCAUCAUCAUCAUCAAAAUCUGCUGGCAUUGAAGAGAAUAUAGUACUCGGUGUUGCUCUGGAAGGUUCAAAGAGAACCCUUCCUAUCGAAGAGGCAGCAGUGAAGGAGGUCAAAGAAUUGUCCAUGUCUCACAGUAGUAGCAGUAAUGGAUCGGUAGCUACUUCAGAAAAGGAUAAACAGCCAAGUCCGCGUUCUUCAAGUGCUCCUCCUCCCCUGCAUGCUGACCAGCAGGAAUGAUUUAUCUAUUUGUCCUGUCACUUGGUGGUUCAACAUUUUUAUAUGGACCAUUUUGUGCUCCUUACAGCCAGCCUAAUAUCCUGUGAGAUUCAUUCAUGGCUGAAAAAAAAAAUUAACUUUACUAAUGUACUACUCCGUACCUAAUUUCAUCCUUCUAACCUCAAAAGGCAACUCAGGGUGCUACUA